AUGGGAAAACUCGUUGGGCUCAUUAGCUCGGGCAUUGGUCUCGCGAUGGAAGCCAAAACUUCCUACUCUUCGAGUAACAAGACUUACAGCAAAGAUGCGGACCGUGGAUCUGACACAAACUUAUCUCAAGUUUCUCGUCGUACCCCGUCUAAAGCAUAUCAAUCUAGCAAUGACGACCAAGCAUAUCGAGAUCUUCAAGUCUACGCAGAUUAUCAGAAUACCCUUUCUGAUCGCAUAAGUGACGACAUGCAGAGAGAUGAACAUUAUCGAGAAUAUUUAGCGGCGAGUCCUCGAACUCAAUCGACUAGGAGCACACACGAGCGCGACGUUUCUUUCUACGCCCACGAGCUACCAAGUCAAAGGAAUCAACCAGCGCGAGGACUUUCUUGUCCUGUGAUACUUCCACAACGAAGACCUGAAGCUCAGAGUCGAGGAAUUAUCCGAGCAUAUUCUCUUGAGUUGGCGGACUGUGGCAUUGAUGAAGACACUUUCUUGGACUUCAUUGAUGAUUUCAAUGAAGCUCAUAAAGCAUCUCCGUAUCUCGAUGCUGUCAACGUUGCAGCCCAAGGUGUUGGCUUUGCACCAGGUAUCACUCCGAUGGUCGUAUCCAUGGUCGUUCCAAUUGCAGUCAGAGCCGCUAAAGGUUACCAAACGCAAAGACAGUCCACCUCUUUUCUCGACCGCGCCAAUGCAGAACUUUUCAUUCCACAUGGUCUCUUUGCAAUGGUUCUAACAUUCAAACCCAGUCAGACUCAAGACCCACAUGGAGCACCUGGCGAAGUCCAACUUCCACUUUCUGCCCCCCUCAUCUACCCCGAAGAUGAUCGACGUGCCCAACAAACUGGCUUCAAGAAAAUGGGGCACUUCAUUGCAGAUUAUGGGGAUCGAAGGGCCCAGGCUCGAUAUGCAUACAGCAACCCAGACUCAACUCUCGCUAGUCCCUUACCAAAAUUCGAAAGCCGUUGGGGCGACCCAAAUCACGCCGCCAAUAGCGGUGGACUAAAAAGCCUACUCACCGGUGUCCCAAACGACAAGAGCGCCCGGAAACAAGAAAGACAAGACCGCAAACAAGAUAAAAAGGGACGUCGUCGCAGAAGAAGCUCAAGUAGUGGUUCAGCAAGAAGGGGUGGACUCAUAAGCAGCGCACUUGGAGCCGUUGGCGAUGCUAGCGGAAGGAAAAGUAAUCCAGGAGGGGGAAGACCAACUUUGAUUGGGGCAGCAAGAGGAAUGGUCAAUGGACCGGGAAAACAAGAUCAAAGUAUCAUCAAAGGAAUUAGAGGUAUAGGGAUGCAGACUGAUAUCCUGUACUUGAUGAUCACCAAUAAUAGCGAAGACCGUUCAUCGAUUCCAUCGACCCGUUCUCAAACACCAUCAACAUCAACAUACACCUCACCACCAUUCCCACCCUUUCCACCUGCCCAAACACAACCUACAAAAUCAGAGGUGGAUAAUUGGUCCAAAUCUCAAGCGCGAGAUCAACAGCUCAUCUAUCCCAUCUCAUACCCAGACCGCACAUUGGUUUAUCCCGCCCAACAACAACAAAAACAACAAAAUAAUAAUCCGUAUACCGGUAUGGGUAUGGGUAUGGCUAUGGGUAGACAAGAUCAAGUAGCAUCUCCGUCUAGUUCUCGCAUGGGAUAUGUCGAUCAUCAUGAUGCUCCGCCGCCGGCUUAUAGAGAAGCGAUGCCUACGAGAUAUUAUGACCGCAUGAGACAACAUGAUGAGGAGUUUUAUGUACCUACUCUUUGA